AUGGAGACGCCAAUCGUGAACAGGACGUCGCCUCCGCUCGAGUGCUGGCGCUGCUACCGCCGCGCAACGGCCGGCCUCAUUGCGCCUUGCGGCUGCGCAUCGUACGUCCACCGCGAUUGCUUGGACGCGUGGCGCGUCAUCAACGCGUCGGCGGUGACGCACUGCGACGCCUGCGGCGAGGCCUACGCCUUGUACGAGCUGCUCCGCGUGCUCGUCGUGCUCCUUGUGGUGCUGCUCGGGUGCGCCAUGAUCUGGCUCGUCGAGCAGAGCAAGACGCGAGGGCGCCGGCAUUCCUGGACCGACGACGACCGGGCGCUCAACGAGUGGCUCGCGUCGAUCGGUUGCCCGCGCUUCGUCGCCUACUAUGUCAUCAGUCUGUUCUUCACGGCGAUUGCGAUGGCCAUCUUUAUGGGCUGCCAGCGGAUCGCGCCGGCGACGGAGCGCUGCCUUCGUGCGAGCGACAAGUACUUUGAUUGCGACUGCACCAAGGUCGUGGCCGUGUUUUUGACGGUCCUUCUUAUUGGCAUGAUGUCCUUCGUCGGCCUCUACACCGUGCUCUUCGCGGUGAUCGGCGUGCUUGGCGCGGCAGCCAGCGCGAGUGCUGCACGCCGCGUCUACACGAUCCACGUCAAGUACCGUCGCGUCCAAGACCGGCGACUGCGUGCCGACGACGCCGUCGUUCAUGUAGCAUAG